CGAUCUCCUUCAGUGAACCCGAACCCUAGCCUUUCCUCCACCAUCUCGCACCCAGCUGCCCUCCCUCCCUGACGUUGCCGACCACCAUUCCCGGCGUCAUCUCCGGCGAAAAAAUUUCUGCGUCGGCCUCCCAAGGAAAGUCUUAGGCUGCUUAAGCAACCUAGAUGUACCGGAGACUCCAUGGGUUCAGAAAUUGAUACUCUCAAGGAGAGGUUAACAUCCAUGCUUGGUCAGCUCCAAACAGAGUGUGGCAUUCUUGAAAGAAUGGCGUACAAGAACAAGAACCAGCAUCGCCGUUGCUCGUAUUUCCAGUACAUUUUGAAGGUUAGGAGGGAUCUAAGGCUGCUGAAAUCAACUAAAUUGGAGGAGUUAGUAGAUUCUUGCUUUUUGGUUAUCACUGGAAAGAGACCUAAACAAAAGCUGCACCUUUUAGAAAGUUUAAAGAGGAGAAAAUGUGAUGGUGGAAAACAUAAUUUCAUGGAGCGACUUCUGGGAGCUGCACGACUACUCUCACUGAUUGUUGAGCCAAUGUUGAUGGCAGCUGCUGAGAUAUCUAUCUUGCUUGCUCGAUCCUUUUUCAUGGGAUUUUCUAUGACUAUGUUGGCUCUGCUCGCACGCCUUCGAGUUUUGGUUCAGCAAAUACUACAUGAUGUAGUUUCAAUAUUCAACAUGGUUUCUUCUAUCUCCCAGAAGAAGCAAUCUGUAAAGAUAAACCAGGAAGGAAUUGAGGUCUUCAGGGAGUUUUAUCCUACCUAUGAGGAAGUUGUUACGUUAGAGUGUGUAUGGAAAUCAGAUAAGUUUGUAUUACUUGAGAGGAUGUGUAAGAGCAAUACUGGAAGCCCAGAUGAGGAUCUUAUAGAAGAUGCAUAUUUGGGAGCAUCAGCUGUAAAGUAUCUAAAUGUCGAGUCUUUUCUUGGAGACGAUGAACUUGUUCCCGAGAAGGUGGAUUCAGAUCAAAUGGGCGAAAAAAGUCCAUCUCACGUCAAGGCGUUGAGGACUGAUUUGCUCGCAAGCCCUCCCAUGGAGAGUGACAAUAGGAAGGCAGUUGAAGAUUGUAGGGAAGUUGGAGAUGUUUCAGGAACUGUAGCCACACCUUGCAAGAAACUACUGCAGGAAGUGAGUUUGCUUACAGCCUCAAAGCCCUCUCCAAGUUCAAACACUUCGAUACUCAAAUCCGGGUCAAGAAAAGUAGCAUUCGUCUCUGUGAAAAAUCCUCCAGCAUUAACGGGUAAUGUGAAAGAUCUGCCAGUACAUGGCUUUAAAGGUGAGGACAACGCAGAUCCAUUUUUCAGCUUGCUCAUUGAUGGAAAUGUGAAGGAUAGUCUCCUCUAGUUACUAAUCCUUUGAAUAGGAUUUUUUUUUUUUUUUUAAUGAUAGUAUAUUUUUCAUAUAAUUCUUCGACUUCUCUCAUCCGUUCAAUAGGAAAAUUUAUAGGUGAAUUAUCCUGAAACUCAUGUAAAUGCCUGUUCCGGAUAAAAGCCCCUAAAAUUGUAACCAAUGAAUUCUUUUAAAAAACCGCUGAAUCAAAAAAAAAAAAA